AUGGGUUUCUUCUCGGUCUUCUCCAACUUCCGCAAAUCCAACCUGUUCAACCUGGUGUUCCGCUCGCUGCAACUCAUCGACGCCCUGGUCGUGAUUGGCAUGUACGCGGUGGACCUCAACAACGCCAACAAGCAGGACAAGUACGCGGACGCGAAAUGGGUACGUACAACGAAUCUCAAGGACAAUGCACUCACCUCGCUCCCGCCCGAGUUGGUCAGGGUACUAAUCGCGCUCAAGGUCUUCGCUGUCACGGUGGGCUCGCUGGCUGCCGUGACGUCGGUCGUCUUCUCGCUGGCCAGCAUCUUCCUACAGUACCGCACCGUCGCGCUGCUAUUCGCCUGGGACUGGGUGCUCACCAUCCUGUUCGCGACGCUCUCCGGUAUCUUCGGCUCCAUGUACAUUGGCGAGCGCGUCGAGUACGAGAGCGGCAUCCACCGCAUGAAAGUGGCCGUCGUCUUCGACCUGAUUGGGAUGGUCUUGUGGAUCGCGACGGCCACCUUUGGCACCUGGUGGUUUUGGCUCGAGAGACGGGAGGUGAGACGCGGACGUGGCACCAAGGCCUAA